AUGCCUUGGGGAAUUUUAGAGGAUCGAGACACGGGCAAUGUCCCUGGCACGAUUAUGCUCUCUGACCAGACCGACAUGCCAGAGGAAUAUCGAAAUGUCUCCCGCGACUUACUCAAGCACGGAACUGGAAAACAUGCGCACACCAUAUUGGCCCCUCAGCCAACCGACUCACCCAACGACCCCUUGAAUUGGCCGACAUGGCGAAAAGAUGUCAUCCUCGUCAUCGUGGGACUGUCUGCCGGUGUCGUAGGCGCCUAUGGCCCGAUGCUUUCGCCGGGCUUUGUUGAGAUCGCUGCGGCGCUGAACAUUACCGUCAGCAAGCUCUCACAAGCAACGGCCUGGAUCAUUUUGAUGAUCGGACUUUCACUAUUUGUCCUCAACCCACUCGCAAAGAAAAUUGGUCGACGACCGGUAUAUGUGUUAUCCAGCAUAAUCAUGUUGACUGGAAGCAUCUGGGGAUCCUUUGCAAAGGAUUACGACAGCUUUCUGGGUAGCCGAAUCUGGAGUGGAUUGGGCAUGGCACCAUAUGAGGUUCUGGUGCAGUGCACGAUCGCAGAUAUUUACUACGUUCACGAACGGGCCAGUCGAAUUGCGAUGUGGAACAUGUUCCUUCUCUGUGGUAUUAGCGGUGGUUCUCUUAUUGCCGGUUACAUUAUUGAGGAUCAAGGUUGGCAAUGGACGUUAAUUUGGUGUGCCAUCAUUUUUGGCAUACUGCUACCUGCGGUCAUCCUAUUCGUCCCCGAAACGGCAUAUCGAAGACAGCCAUUUGUGCAACAACUGGUAGCUAGAGGGGCUACGACUCAUGACACAACUUCGGACGCUUCCGAGAAGAAGAUUGCCUCAACCGAGCAUGAGGAGUCUGCGAAUACGGACGCAGUAGAAACCGGUGUCGUGACAGAGAAGAAAGAGUCAUUUUUGCGAAGCAUGCGGCUCUGGGAUGGAGUUUAUACUGAUACGCCACUCUGGAAGAUCUUCUUGCGUCCCAUGGUAAUCUUCUUCUACCCGGGCGUGCUCUGGGCAUUCCUAAACUACGGUGUUACGUUGAGCUUGAUCGUCGUCUUCAGCGUUGUCAAUGCAGUCAUCUUCACCGCACCGCCAUACAACUUCUCGGUAUCUGAGACGGGAUUGAUCUCACUGUCACCUUUCAUCCUGACGUUCAUCGGAGAAGUCAUAUCUGGACCGUUGAAUGAUUGGGUGUGUUUGUUUCUGGCCAAGAGGAACCGUGGUAUCUAUGAACCUGAGUUUCGACUGCCACCAAUCAUCAUUUCUUUCAUAGUUGGCGUCGUAGGUUUCUUUGGAUUCGGUAUCACAAUCCAUUACCAAACACAUUGGACUGGACCGGUGCUAUGCUUUGGUCUAGCAAACAUGAGUCUUGCGUUGUCUAAUGCGUCUGUCUUUGGCUAUGUCAUUGAUUCUCAUAAGGAGCUGGCGGAAGAAGCGUUCGUGGCCAUCAAUGCUCGAAAUCUUUUGACCUUUGGUUUAACCUUCUUCGUCAACGAUUGGCUAGCAGCAUCUGGAGUCCUUAAUGUGUUCAACGUGCUGGGAGGCGUAUUCGUAGUUGUCAAUGUGCUGACAAUUCCGCUAUGGAUUUAUGGAAAGCGAAUUCGGGGAUAUAUUGGCAGAAAUGAGGCGCUACAUCGGUUUAUGCAUGAAGAUUAA